GUGAUGUAGGAGGGAAUUCACAAACUGAACUGGGCUCAGUUCCACAGAUAUGUGGAUGGUGGUAGAACUUCCAUGCUCACAGAAACAGACCAAGUCUGACCUACAGGAUGCAUACAGCAGUGUGUUUGGUGCCUCUUCUGGUCCUGGGGGUGACCUGGAGCCUCCAAAACAAUCAGAUCCUCACACAGGAGUACUUUGAUUUUGAGCAGUUUAUUGGAAGAUGGUAUGAGAUAGCUGUGAUUUCCACCUGUCCUCACUUCAUGCUGCGUAAAAAGGGAAACCCUGUCAUGUUUGCAUUGGAGCUGAAGAAUGCAACUUCUGAGGGCAUCUUUACAAUGACAGCCUCCACUUUCAGGAAUGGCUCAUGUGAGGAGUCCACCACAAAUUAUAGUUUGACCGGCACCCCGGGGCGGUUCUUUCACCAUGUUGCAAGGUUCAAUGCAGACGUGGAUUCCUUUGUGGUUCACACCAACUAUAACAAGUAUGCUAUGAUUCUGCAGCUGAGCACAGAGAAACCAUCGGGAAAUAAAACCACCAUUGUCAAGCUUUACAGCCGAACAGUGACUGUCACUCCUCUUGUUCUGGACCAAUUUAAAACACUGGUCAGACAACAUGGAAUCAAGGAAGACGCCAUAAUCAUCAAUCAGCACAAAGGUGAAUGUGCUCCAGGUGGUCAGAUGACUGAGGCGAAUACUUCACCCACAGGGAUCUGAACCACCGAUCUACAUUACUCAGUCACAACUGGACGAGAGAUCAUGAAGACAGAAGAGGAGGAAUGCAAAAGAGAUGAAGUUUUAAAUCUGAAACGUUUUCCUCAAAUAAAUAAACGGAUUACUCUUUAAUAGUAUACAUUUAGAAUUAUUUAAACUAUUUCCAUUUGAGUGAAUAAAAUGUAAUUGUAAAUCGCCCUUCAUGGGGUAAACGCUGCAAAGCGCUUCACAACAAAGCAAAUGAGAUGUAGAGGUCGUAAUAAAGAGAAAAAUAAAUGCAGCUCACAUGGUUGGAAGCAACAACUAGAUGGUUGGGAUAAAAGACCAGGACACACCUCAAGUCAAGAUUCUUGUUAAAUACAGCGCUAGAGACUAGAACGGAAACCCUUGUAAGCCUUACAGACAUGAAGCAGUAACAUUAGAAAGUGAUCUUAACAAACAUAAACUUAAGAUUUAACUGCUGUCAAAACUACAGCCCUAAAACACACUUAAACCUCGGAACGUCCAUCAAUCCUCAUAACUAGAAACUAAACAAGCUAAACAAAGAUGAGACUGAAGUUAUUGUCUUUGGCAACAAGAAGAUUAGAAUGAAUGUUAUUGCUCAGCUGGACUCCAGGGGAAUAAAGACAAAAACCCAGGAUAGAAAUCUUGGUGUUAUUAUUGACUCCGACCUGAGCUUCCCUGGACAUCUUAAGGCUAUAACUGAAUCAGUGUUUUUAUCACCUAAAUCAAAUAGCAAGAGUCAGAGGUCUCAGGUCCAGACUAGACUUAGAGAAACUUAUUCAUGCUUUUAUUUCUGGUCAGCUGGACUACUGCAAUGGUCUCCUAACUGGUCUUGCCCAAAAAAAAAGCAGUAAAGCAACUGCAGCUUGUUCAGAAUGCUGCUUCUAGAGUCUUAACAAGAACUAAGAGAAUAGAGCACAUCACUCCUGUUCUUAGAUCUCUACGCUGGUUACCAGUAAACUACUGAAUAUAUUUCAAAGUGCUCCUACUAGUUUAUAAAUCACUCAGUGGCAUGGGACCAAAAUAAAUGUCCAAUCUCAUUCCUGUAUAUACACUCAAUAGGGCUCUGAGAUGAAAACUAAAAACCCUAAUGUACUCAUCAGCAUUUUAAAAGCAUUGUUUCUUAUGUUGUGUUAUCUCCACUGCAAUCUGUGCUGCAACGUUGUCUUCUCCUUUAGCUCUAAACUGUAUUUCUAUCUAUGUGUAUUUUAAUUUGUGUUUUUGUGUUGUAUUUAUGUCAUGUCCUGAUAAUUGUAAAGCACACUGAAUUGACUCUGUAUUUGAAAUGUGCUCUAGAAAUAAAGCUGCCUUGCCUAGAA